AUGAGCCAGAUAUGUCGACGGACCAUGCAGCCGAUCGAAAGUGAGAGCGGCCAUAGAAUUGCGCCAACUAGCGCUGAUGGCGUAAUGCAGAAGCCGCGGGUCAUACAACUGUUCGAGGCUGCAAAGGCGGAAAGGAGACCAUUGCAAGUAUGCGCUCCAAUGGUUCGCUACAGCAAGCUGCCCUUCCGAAUGCUACUCCGCGAGUGCGAUGUGGAUGUGACAUACACGCCUAUGAUUCUCGCCCAUGAGUUCAUCCGCUCGCAAGUGGCCCGUGACAGCGACUUUACCACAUGUCCAGCGGAGCGCGAGCCCACUUCAGACGGGCGACAGCAUGCCCUGAUCGCUCAGUUCGCUGCUUCAAACCCCGAAGAUUUCGCCCGAGCAGCAGAGCUCAUAGCACCAUGGGUCGACGGUGUAGACUUGAACUGUGGCUGCCCACAAUCGUGGGCGAUUAAGGAGGGCAUCGGAUGCUCGUUGAUGGAAGACCCAGAGCUCGUAGCCAGCCUCGUCCGAGCGGCAAAAGCUAGCCUUGGACCUGGCAAAAGCGUAAGUUGCAAGAUACGGAUCCAUAAAGACCUCAGCCAAACCGUCCGCUGGGUGCGAGUACUCGAAGAAGCUGGCGUAGACUUCAUCACUGUUCACGGCCGAACAAGAUCGCAACGCUCGAGCACUCCGCCGGACUUUGCCGCGAUCAAGUCGCUGAAGCAGAGUGUUUGCGUGCCCGUGCUCGCGAAUGGUGACAUCUACGCUGCGGAAGACGUCAAGCGGAUUGUAUCAAUGACCGGCGUGGACGGCGUGAUGGCGGCUCGAGGGAUGCUGGAGAACCCUGCGCUGUUCGUGGGCCACGACACGACACCAGUAGAUUGCGCGCGGAGGUUCCUGGAGCAUGCUGUACGGUACCCCAUACCUUUUCAACUGGUCCUGCAUCACUUUGCUGAGAUGACUGUCCGGAUGCCGAGCGUGACGAAGAAGGAGAGACAGCAGCUGAUGGACUGCCGGGACUUGAUAGACUUGAUCGACUUUGUGGAAGACAAAUGGAGGCUAUGA